UCCGUGCUGUGUCAGGCCGCCGCUGCCGCCAUGGCGGGUGAGGGCAGCACGUUCCGGCUGCGCUGCUCCCUGCUGGGGCACGGGCAGGACGUGCGCGGACUCACCCGCGGCCUCUUCCCGGAAGACAGCUUCGUGUCCGUCUCGCGGGACAGAACCGCGCGGCUCUGGGCCCCUGACGGUCUUAACAGGGGUUUUACUGAGAUGCACUGUAUGAGUGGCCACUCAAAUUUUGUAUCUUGCGUGUGCAUCAUACCUCCAAGUGACCUCUACCCUCGUGGGCUGAUUGCAACUGGUGGCAAUGAUCAUAAUAUUUGCAUUUUCACAGUUGACAACUCAGCUCCUCUUUACGUCCUUAAGGGUCAUAAAAACACAGUUUGCAGCCUUUCAUCUGGGAAAUUUGGCACAUUAUUAAGUGGAUCAUGGGAUACAACAGCAAAAGUCUGGUUGAAUGACAGAUGUAUGAUGACAUUACAGGGUCACACAGCUGCAAUAUGGGCAGUGAAGAUACUUCCUGAACAGGGAUUAAUGUUGACUGGUUCAGCUGACAAGACUAUAAAACUGUGGAAGGCAGGCAGAUGUGAAAGAACAUUCACCGGACAUGAAGAUUGUGUGAGAGGUUUAGCUAUUCUCAGUGAAAUGGAGUUCCUUUCCUGUGCUAAUGAUGCUAGUGUUCGAAGAUGGCAGAUCUCUGGCGAGUGUCUGCAGGUGUAUUAUGGACAUACAAAUUACAUAUACAGCAUUUCUGUCUUCCCUCGAUGUAAAGAUUUUGUAACAACUGGAGAGGAUAGAUCUCUUAGAAUCUGGAAACAAGGGGAAUGUGCUCAAACAAUCAGACUCCCAGCUCAGUCUGUGUGGUGCUGCUGUGUCUUAGACAAUGGUGACAUCGUAGUUGGUGCAAGUGAUGGAAUUAUAAGGGUGUUUACAGAGUCCUUGGAACGUACAGCAAGUGCUGAAGAGAUUCAGGCUUUUGAAAAUGAGCUUGCCCAAGCAUCUAUUGACCCUAAAACUGGUGAUUUAGGAGAUAUCAAUGCUGAUGACCUUCCUGGAAGAGAACACCUUAAGGAUCCUGGAACAAGAGAUGGACAGACACGGCUUGUUAAAGAUAAUGGGAAAGUAGAAGCAUAUCAAUGGAGUGUAAGUGAAGGAAGAUGGAUAAAGAUCGGUGAUGUUGUUGGUUCUUCUGGAGCCACACAACAAACGUCUGGAAAAGUUUUAUUUGAAGGAAAGGAAUAUGACUAUGUUUUCACCAUUGAUGUAAAUGAAAAUGGGCCUUCCUACAAACUGCCAUAUAACAUCACUGAUGAUCCCUGGCUGACUGCAUACAACUUCCUGCAAAAGAAUGAUUUAAAUCCUAUGUUUCUGGAUCAGGUGGCCAAGUUUAUUAUGGACAACACUAAGGGGCAAACACUGUUGAGUACAAGUAAUCAAUUUUCAGAUCCAUUUACAGGUGCUGGACGUUAUGUUCCAGGCUCUUCAUCUGGAUCAAGUGCAAUACCUGGAGCAGACCCAUUUACAGGAGCUGGUCGGUACAUUCCUGGUUCAGCAUCAAACACAGUUCCUCCAGUGGGCGGGGUUGAUCCAUUUACAGGAAUGGAUGCCUACCAGUCAGCUGCAGCUAAAGUUGAAAAUAUUUAUUUUCCGAAGAAAGAUGCUGUCACCUUUGACCAGGCCAAUCCUACACAGAUACUGGGCAAAUUAAAGGAACUUAAUGGCAGUGCAGCUGAAGAACAUAAGCUUACUGAAGAUGACUUGAUAAUCCUAGAAAAGUUACUGUCUGCAACAUGCAACACCUCUGCGGAAACACCUACAGCACAGCAACUUCAGACUUUAUGGAGAGCAAUUAACUGGCCAGAAGAUAUUGUCUUUCCAGCACUAGACAUUCUUAGAUUGUCUGUCAGGCAUCCCACUGUGAAUGAAAACUUCUGCAGUGAAAAGGAGCAUGUACAGUUUAUCAUCCUUCUUCUUAAAUUUCUGAAUCCUAAAGGCAAACAAGCAAACCAGCUGUUGGCACUUAGAGCUCUUUGCAAUUGUUUUGUCAGCCAUGCAGGCCAGAAGCUCAUGAUGGAACAGAGGGAUGAAAUAAUGACACAAGCAAUAGAAACGAAAUCAGGCAAUAAUAAGAACAUCCACAUUGCACUGGCCACACUGACAUUGAACUAUGCUGUAUGUUUACAUAAAGUCAACAACGUUGAGGGUAAAGCUCAAUGUUUAUCAGUAAUCAGCACAGUUAUGGAAGUUGUUCAAGAUCUUGAAGCUAUUUUUAGACUGCUUGUGGCUCUUGGGACGCUAAUCAGUGAUGAUACAAAUGCUGUGCAAUUAGCUAAGUCUCUGGGAGUUGAUUCUCAAAUAAAAAAGUAUGCCUCUGUAUCAGAACCAGCUAAAGUAAAAGAAUGCUGUAGGUUUGUUCUUAAUCUGUUAUAAUAAUUUUCUUAGCACUUGGAAGACAGCGUAUGCAGAAAAAAAGAUGCUUUUGUUCAUAGUUUAUGAGAGACUACUUGGGAAAAUACUGUGGAUUAAUUACACUUGUUGCAAGAUACAGAGCAAAUAAAACUUUUUUCACUGUUUGUCAUUGGACUGCUUUUCUGAGGUGAUCACUGCACAGAAACUUCGCAAGGAGUCUGGACAUUGCUCAGAUAAAAAAUAGGACACCAAGAAGUCAAACUAUAACAGUACUUACAGGUCAUCCAGACAGAAAGGUAGGAAAUGGCUGUUAUUUAGUGACUGUCAACUGACACCCACCCCAAACACAUUCUGUGUUCCAGCAUGAUUCAUCUGUUUCUUCACUGUGGGGUUUAUUUCAGUGGAUGAGGGGCCCUGAGAUCUCCUUAAGUUCAGCAGUGCAUUUCACAAGCUUAUUAGUUAACCUCAGUUAAUAUUAACCCUUGUCAAAUAGCCUGGUAAGGAAAUUUUUCAGCAGCUUUCUCCACUUCCUUUUGAAACUUAACUUUUAUGGCUCUUAUGUCUUUUAACCUAGGGCCAGAUGACUUUUUGAGGGGUAGAACCUCUACCUGCCAUAUGGAUGUUGUGUUUCACUCAUAAAUUUGUAUCUUGCAGCUUGUAAAAUGGCGUGAACUUCUAGAGAAGCCUUUAUCUUGACUUUUUAAUUUCUAAGGACAGGAAUACCCCACUAGUUAAUAGCAGGUGUCUUAUUCCAUGUUGUAAAAUCUAGAUGAUUAAAAUAGGUCAUCUUGAAGAGUGGGAGAGCUGGCUACACCUGGAGAACAGAUUGAGCAGCAGAAGCUUGAAGAAGCUUCCUAAAGGUGGUUGGUGUACCGUGCCUGUCAGUGUUUUGAGUGUUUUGAGGCAUUUGGACAAAAUCCUUGAUAAGAGGCUCUAAUUUUUGUCCAGAAAUGGUCAGGUCUCUUUACAACUGAAAUACUCUGUUGUAAACUGCAUGUAUUUGAAGUCAAGUCUUAUGAAGCAGCUUUAACUUUGUAACUGUGGUGACUGUUGACAGGGAAAAUAAUAGUUUGCAACUUACUCCAGCAGAUCUAAGAUGUUCAGCAGAAAAUGGAAAUGUUAUUUUCUACUACUGCAAGCGUUACAAUUGGGUUCAGAAUUAAGAUGAGCUAAAGAGUAUCAAUGUUUAAGUUGCAUUUUUCAUUAGACUAAUAAAAUGGAAAAUGGGAAAAAAGGGGCAAAAUUCUGGCACAUGAACUCCACACCCCAUGAUACCUGCCUAUAUUAGAUGUGAAGAAUUUUGUGACCAAGCGCUCUUAACUUUUGUUUUGCUCCAGCUACCUGAACUGAGUUACUGCACUGCUUCCAGCAAACUCUGUCUCUCAGAUCUUUAGUUGCACACUUGUACAGUUACACUUUGGAUGGAUUUCCAGAUAAAUACCCUCACAGUCUUGAUCAUGGUCUGAGUCACACACUUUCUGAUUUGAUCUAUUGGAGGUUCAUAUAUGAGGCAGUCCAACAAAUUAUUUGUGAUUUACAGUGCUUGAUAGAUGAACCCCUUCCUGGGAAAGCAUCUAAGAAACUACCUUUAGGAAACUUGUCUGUGAAAUAAUGUGCCUGUCUGUUGAAUUUUGGUUGCCUACUAUACAGUUGUUCUUGAAGCUUCAGCUUUCUAAUGUUGUGCUCUUCAACUGUGUUUGUACCUGUGCUAUUUUAAGAAAUUAUACUUGUCUUAAUAUUUUUGGUUUAUUAUUGUGGGAUUGCUCUGUUACAGAUUAUCUCUUUACAUGAAAAUUGUUACGAAUUUCUCAGACCAAAAAUUAAUGUUUAUAUUAAUAAACAUACUCUGGCAACUCCCAAGAAAUGGUAUAUUAAAAGGUAUUACAAAAUGCACUUAAACUUGCAGAGAAAUGAUGAGGCACAGCAAAAAAUCCUUCUGGGGACUGCAGCAUUAAGUGUUAGGUGAGAUAAAGCAGGCCAGGAUUGUUUGGAGAGAAAGAUACCUGCUGCCACAGGGUAUUGUGAUACCAACCCAUCCAUGGUCUAGCAUCAUCUGAGGAAACAGGGAGUGGGGAAUUGCUUUUGCUUUUAAAUGGCACUCUUUAGAACUCCAUUGUGGUUCAUGUCAGCAUCCACAUGCAUAAACACAUAAAUGCAU